UGAUUCCAGAGGCCUAGGAAGGCACCCUCCCCCAAAUUCAGAGACCUGACAAUGUCCCUGUAUUGUGGAAUUGCUUGCAGGAGAAAAUCUUUUUGGUACUUUAGGCUGCUGUCAACUUAUGUCGCUAAGACCCGGUAUUUAUUUGAGCUGAAGGAAGAUGAUGAUGCAUGUAAAAAAGCCCAGCAGACAGGAGCAUUUUACCUCUUUCAUAGACUGGUUCCUUUGCUUCAGAAAUCUGGACACCAAUACCAGGCUCCCCGGCAUAGCCUACUAGAGUUGGAAAGGCUCCUGGCAAAGUUUGGACAGGACACACAAAGAAUAGAAGACUCUGUGCUGAUUGGAUGCUCUGACCAGCAUGAAGCAUGGUUUGCUCUGGAUCUAGGUCUGACCAGCUCCUCUUCCCAAAAUGCUGCCUUACAGAAACCAGAAAUAGAGACAGAGCUCAAGGGCUCUUUCACUGAGCUGACAAAGGCUCUCUUUCAGCUGAAUACAAAGGAUGCCUCCUUGCUGACCAUGGCUCAGGCUCUUCUCCGUUGGCAUGAUGCUCAUCAGUUCUGUAGCAGAAGUGGGCAGCCCACCAAGAAGAAUAUGGCUGGCAGCAAGCGUGUGUGCCCUUCCAAUAAGAUCAUCUAUUAUCCACAAAUGGCUCCUGUGGUGAUCACUCUAGUGUCAGAUGGGACACGAUGCCUGCUUGCUCGCCAGAGUUCCUUUCCCAAGGGAAUGUAUUCUGCUUUGGCAGGUUUUUGUGACAUAGGUGAAAGUCUGGAAGAGGCUGUCUGGAGAGAAGUUGCAGAAGAGAUGGGAUUGGAGGUGGAAAGACUGCAGUACUCUGCAUCCCAGCACUGGCUCUUUCCUAAUAGCUCACUCAUGAUUGCUUGUCAUGCAACUGUGAAACCAGGGCAGACAGAGAUCCAGGUGAACUUGAAAGAACUAGAGGCAGCUGGCUGGUUCAGUCAUGAUGAGGUGGCCACAGCCCUGAGGAAAAAGAGUCCAUAUACUCAGCAACAGGACGGGACAUUCUGGUUGCCCCCCAAGUUAGCCAUUGCCCACCAAAUGAUUAAGGAGUGGGUGGAAAAGCCGUCCUGCUCUACCCUGCCUGCUUAGCCCAGACUGAGUCACCUAGAUCCCUUCUCAGUAUCCUGGAAGGUCAUAAGAGAGAUCAGUUGAUAAAAGGGGAGGUAACCAAAGGCCAUCUCCAACUUCAUACUAAGACAGAGUGGGAGGUGACUAGGAUGCCUCUAAUAGCAGUGUUAAGGAAGUUCUUAUUCAUAGGCAAUCAAAAUGCCAAACUGAUGUCAAAAUCAGAGGGAAGUCUGAAGCAUUAGUUUGAAAGUAGGCCCCCAUGCAUCUGUUUCAGCUGAGAUCUUGGAAGCAAA